AUGGACCUGCCCUGCGCCCUCGGGCUCGGGCCGCUGCUGGCCCUGCCAGGGGUCCUGGGCUCCGGUGGCAGUGCCAAGGACACCGCGGGCUCCAGCUCGGUCACUGUGAUCCUGCUGCUGCUGCUGCUGCUGCUGCUGGUCACCGGCCUGGCCCUGGCCUGGUGCCGCCUCAACCGGGACUCCGGCGGCUACUACCACCCGGCCCGCCUGGGCGCCGCGCUGUGGGGCCGCACCCGCCGCCUGCUCUGGGCCAGCCCCCCCGGCCGCUGGCUCCGGGCCCGGGCGGAGCCCCAGUCCCCGGACAAGGACCCAGAGCAGCAGGAGGACGAGGACGACUACAGCCUGGGUGGCGGCCCGGGGGAGGCCGAGCCCCGGGAGGAGCCGCGGCGUGGAGAGGAGCACGGCCCACAGGCCGGGGGGCCCGCACAGGAAGCUCACGGCGGCCACCCCGACGGGGGCCUGGGCCUCGGCCCCCAGGAGCUGCGCGGCUCCGGCGGCAGCGCCGAGGCCCUGCUGAGCGACCUGCACGCCUUCGCGGGCAGCGCCGCCUGGGACGACAGCGCGGGGGCGGCUGGGGGCAAGGGCCUCCAUGUCACCGCGCUGUAG